UGCGCGCGAGCCCUGGCGGGGCUGGCGAACCCGAGCCCCGGCUGCGAGCCCGCGGAGCGGAGCCCUCUGGGUGGUGGGGAGGCGAGCGGCGCUAGGCGAGGGACGGCCAGUACGGGCUCGGCGUGACCGGGCUGAGGCCGCGCUGUCCCGGAUUGUCACCUGACGGUCACCUGCCACAAGGGCUUCGAGCCCAGCGGUCUCGGAGGGGGCCUAGGUCGCACCAGUUAAGAUGCAAAGUGGAAUUAGGUUCGCUGGCACCCACGAAUUUCACAAGUCAUUUGAAACCGGUGCUUUCGAGAUGGCAUCCGAGGCAGAGUGCCGUCCUCUGGGUGUGUUCAAGUGCCAGCUCUGUUCUGUGACAGCUCCGUACAGCUACGUGGGGCAGAAGCCCCCUGACACCCAGGCCAUGGUCCUCCUGGAGGAGAGCUACAUCAUGAAGGAUCCCUUCACCUCGGACAAGGGCAGAUUCCUGGUGCUCGGUUCCCGCUGCAGCUUGUGUGGCAGGCUGGUGUGUGUGGGCCCGGAGUGCAGCUUGUUCUACUGCAGGAGGUUCUGCCUCCCUUGUGUUCAGGACAACGUCAGCGCUUUCCCUCAGGAGAUCCAGCAAGACUUGGAGAAAAGGAAAGGUCCCAAGCGGCCCUCCCGUCAGCCCUGUCCUUGAACGUGAGCGCGGUUGGUGCCAGGCUGGUGGCAGCCCCCUGCACAGAGCUCCUGGGCUGGCCCGGAGCAGAGGCUACAUCCGUGGAGGCGGAGGAGCCAUGCCUCAAGGUGGAGCAGACAGCCUGGAUCCAGCCUGGGCCACAGGGCUGCCGCCGUGGAGUGAGAGGGAGUCCCCCUCAGUGGGCAGCUCAUGUGGCCACCUGUGCACAGUGGAGGGCCACACUCCCGUCUGUGCAUGAGGAAGUCGUUAGCAGGCUGCCCUCGUGCAUGGCAGCAGGUGUGGGGUCAGGAGUUGUCCUUUGCAUCUUCCGUCAGUGUGGGAAAUAUCCCCCGUCUUGACCACGUACUGCAGUUAUGACCAAGAACCCAAAGGAAGGUAAUCCUUCCACUAAGAUGCUUGGGGACUGGACGUUCCCACGGUGGGGAGGGCUGUUCUCCAUGGACGCUCUGGCCAGUCGGUCGUAGGGACAUUCUCCAGACAUUGUGGAUGGGCAGUGGGGAGGGGGCUGGGAAGCCGAGUGGGCUUCCAGCCCUCCUGGCUGCUGAGGCUGGCCCCGCCUGGGCCCGCUGCACUCUGCCCUGCAUUCUCAGGUUGGGAGCACCGAGGCUCCGGUUCCUCAAACCACCCCUCGCCGCCCUGCGUGCAGCCCUCUUGCCCCACAGCCUCCCAGAUCUCCCUGUGGCUCCUGCCUGCUGCAGUGGGUGCCCUGCAGUCUGUGAGUGCGCCAUGUCUGCCUAGAGUCUCAGGCAGGAGCUGCUCUCUGACUUUGUGACCCCUGCAAGGCCAAUGGGCAAGCUGGGUGAAAUAAAGAGCUUUUUCUGACUGAUACAUGUACUGGGUUUUA